AUGCGCGUGCGCGCGCGCGCGGCGUGCAAACUGACCACGUCCGUCAUCGCGCCGAACCUGGAGCUCGCGCUGCGGGACGUGGACGACGCCGUGAGGAAGGGCGCGGACGUCGUGGAGCUCAGGGUGGAUUUCUUGCGCGACGACGCGGCGCGCGGGACGCUGGGCGACGCGAUCGAAGCGCUGAUUAAAGCGUCGCCGGUGCCGGUGAUCGUGACGAAUCGACCGACUUGGGAGGGAGGGCAAGAUGAUGGGGACGAGAGCGCGCGGUUGGAGGCGCUUUGGAGGGCGCACGAGUGCGGGGCGGCGUACGUGGAUUGCGAGGCGCUCGCGGCGGAGCGAUUCUUCGCGGCGAAACCGGCGACGGCGACGCUGAGGAAUGGGAAGACUAAGAUCAUUUUGAGCUCGCAUAAUUACGAUGAGACGCCGAACGAUGAGAUUUUGGCGGAGAUUCACGCGAAGUGCGUGCGCUUGGGGGCGGAUAUCGUCAAGAUGGCGUCGGUGUGUAACGCGGUGGAGGACGUGGCGCGAUUGGAGAAGCUCUUGCGCACGAAGGGAAGGGAGAUCGAGACGAUCGUUUUGGGCAUGAGCGAGCACGGACAAGUGUCUCGAUUGCUCGCGGCGAAGUUUGGAAGCUUUUUGACGUUCGGGGCGAUUCGAAGAGGGGAAGAGAGCGCACCGGGGCAGCCGUUGCUCGAAGAGCUGCGAGAUUUGUAUCGCGUGCCGACGCAGACGGCGGCGACAAAGGUGAUGGGCGUGAUCGGGAACCCGAUCGGACACAGUAAGUCACCGGCGUUACACAAUCCUUGUCUCGCCGCCGCGGGCGUGGAUGCGUGCUACGUCCCGUUACUCGUCAAGGAUAUCAAAACCUUUCUCGCGUCGCCGCUCUUCGGGUCGAAGGACUUUGUGGGGUUUAGCGUGACGAUUCCGCAUAAGGAAGACGCCUUGGAGUGCUGCGCCGAGGUCGACCCCGUGGCGAAGCAAAUCGGCGCGGUGAACACGUUGGUUCGUCAACCGGAUGGAUCGUUAAAGGGUUACAACACCGAUUAUGUCGCCGCGAUCGAGGCUAUCGAAAACGCGAUGGAGAAGAAAACGGGCGUCGCCGCCGCGAAGUCCUUGGCUGGGAAAACAGUCGUCGUCAUCGGCGCCGGCGGUGCGGGCAAGGCUUUGGCGUUCGGCGCUAAGUUUAAGGGCGCCAACGUCGUCAUCGCCAAUCGCAGCGUCGAGCGCGCACAGGCGCUCGCUGACGCGUGCGGCGGCGUCGCGGUGUCGCUCGAAGAUUUAGCGAGCGGUAGCGUCGUCGGCGACGUCUUGGCCAAUAGCACCUCGGUCGGGAUGCAACCGAACGUUGAAGACACGCCGACGCCAGCGUCUGUACUCGGAGGGUUUUCCGUCGUCUUCGACGCGGUGUACACCCCGCUCGAGACGCGGCUCUUGCGCGAAGCCAAGGCGAGUGGGUGCGAAAUCGCGAGCGGGCUGGACAUGUUCGUCGGGCAAGCGGCGAGGCAGUUCGAGCUCUUCACCGGGAAAGAGGCCGAGGUUGAGCUCAUGCGCGACGCCGUGUUGUCGAGCAUAAAAAGGUAA